CUCGCUGGCUCACGGCCAGUGCUUUCGCUUUCCUGUCUGCAUCGCGCUGCGGUAUUUUCCUUGUCGCGUCGUUAUGCGCAUACUCGAGUCGACUUCCAAAGCCGGCGGUGCAACGUUAUUCGUUUAUAAUCUGUUUAUAAUUGUACCGAUUCAAACUGUCGAAUAGUCAAUGCAAAUAUAUACUUCGUUCGCGCAUAUCGCAGUAACAAUAAACAACUGACACGUAAGAUUCACCACUGUCGAGCUGACGAAUAUACCAAAGGAUUAUAUAUUUAUCGAGGGCCGCCUUUCCAGACACAGAGCUCCAAAAUACACGCAUAUAAGACACCACCUCCAGCCUCGCUGUGCUUCCCAUCACCACCUCGCCGCGCGCGCGAUAUUUCAAGGUUUCGCCUCAACUUAUUUAGACAGCGGAGUACAGCAGAGCAGCAGCCACUGCUUUCGUAGAGGAGGUCGUCGUACCCAUCACACGCACACACGUGUGCGAGCGCAUAGGCACACGAGGCUCCCGAUUAAGUGCGCCGCUAUACUGCUUAGCUGACCGUGGCGAACCGACCGGGAGGUGGUUUACCCGGAGACAGAAGAACGACUGUGCGCGCGCGUGUGUGUGUGUGUGUGUGUGUGUGUAUGUCGAGACGGCAGCUGCAGCGGUGGCUCGAAAAUAGCCUCGAGGAGGGCAACCCCAUGCCGAGGAGCGCUCGGCGACCCCUGGCCAACUCAUACCGCCUACUCCGCCGCGAUGAGUCCGUUUCUCUUUCUUUCUUCUUCUGCCUAUACGUGUACUGGACUGGAUUUUUCAUCUUCUGUAUGUCGAUUUACACAUUAAGUUAUAUGGAUUAAUUGUCAUGGACAAAAUUCACGCGAACGCAAUUUAUACGCUUUUGUACGUCACGAGGAAUAUGUGCUUGAACAAGUGUUCGAGCAGUUAAAUUUUUUGCGAAACAUGAUGUAUGCCUCUUGAGAGUCACGAUCUAGAGUUAUGAAGGUGACCUGCGUGAAUAAUGCUUAAACCGAAAAUAUAUAAUUAAAGUUAGUGGUUAAAAUUGGGAUUGAGGAGCCAAACAGGCACCUUAUGUAUUAUAUUAUGCAGUCAAUCUUGAAUAAACAAUUCGAGCGCAAUCGGAUCACUGUCGCGUUAGCCCCUGCCAUACGAUAUAUAGAUUUAAAUAGAAAAAUCGCGAAAAAUCGUUACGUAAGAAUAUAUGUUGUUCGUCAUCGCGCAGUCGUAUUGUAAAUUAGCACUAUACAUAAAAGUUUCGGGGUCACGAUGCACUCUGGUUAAAAAGGGGAAAAAUCGCGAACUUCUCAUGCACUACAAGUCUAUGUUGUUGAGUAAAAAGUACAAACUGUUGGCGAGUCACGUUCAGCAUGUUAUCCAUCAAGCAACUUUUCGUCCUGAGCCUGAUCCUCGGCGCUCAAGGUUUAGCAUUAGCUGCUAACGAUUUCAUCGACGCCACGUCCGACAUGCUGUUCUUCUACCCGGCACCUCCUCUAGUCUUCAUCAAAGCGAUUCAAAUAUGGCAGCAAUUCAAGAAAGUUAGCCAGCUGUGGAACAGCGGUAGUCCCUCGGACGGCAAGAAAAUGGACAAAAUCUUGAGCGGAAUGGAAAAAUUGUCGAUGGACGUGUACGAGAUCCAGGAGUCGAUACAGCACCAGCUGAUGACUCUGCUGCCGAAGCGACGGCUCGCAGAAGCACGAGAACGAGACCAUACGAAAGUUCUACGACGUCCUGGUCGAUCCCAGUGAAAUUUUAAUGCGCGCACAGCUUGCCGAAAUCUACAGGUUGGUCGUGAAGGUCGACUCUGGCGCGGACGUCGUUGCGACCCUCGCUGACUACAAACAGAGUGAAAGCUUGCGCUGCAAGAGGGAGCAAUCGUCGUUGCAGUUGAUCAACAAUCUUUACAACAAUAUCAUUCUUGCCGAAGUGAAGGGAAUCGUUAUGAUCCAUAUUAUGCCUAUAAUUUACAUCGGCAGAUCAAUGACACGCAUUCGUUCAGAACGGAACUGAAGGAAUACAUCGUCGAUGCCUGGGAAAGGGUUUCUCUGCUCAUACCGAAAUUCAAGAGCUACAUGGAGGUCGCCGAUCGUGACAUCUGGAAGUGUGAUCCGGAUCAUCACAUAGCGAGUAAUAAAAUUGGAUCGGUGAAUUGGAAUUGCUAAACAUUUUGGAUCAUUACUUUUUAGAUUGAAC